CCGUGACCCCAGAGGUAAAUACUGUGAUACAAAAUACCGGUUUGACAGUCUUUACCUGUCAAGUAUACCUGGAAAUUUAUUUUUCGAAGAACACUUGUUUGAAAGUAACAGAGACUUAAUCUAACAGAUUGAGUUGGCAGAGAAUAUGAAGAUUCCGCCGGAUUUUGAGCCGGAGACUUUUCUGAAGAAAACAUCGGAGUUUCCUCAACCUAAAAGACCCCGGACAAGAAAAUCUGACCUUUAUUCUGGACCCUCUCGAUUUCGAAAUGUUGAUGAUCACGUUCAAAAAGUGGCAGCUGUCAAUCACCGAUCUUUCCGUGGCUUGUUGUGGCAUCUUCUCUACUGUGACAAAAACAUCAAGUCUGACUUGGAAAAAAUCAGGGCCAUUUACCGAUGGGCAACCUUGAAUGGAGGCGUAAAGCAGUGCUUUGAAAAUAAUCCAGGUGCAAACACUGCUGAAGAAUACAUUAAUAAGUUCCAGGCAGGGAAAACCACACAUUCCCAAAUUUUACAGUUGUUAUGCACCUUUGCGGGAUUCCAUUGUAAGAUAGUGACGGGUUAUGCCAAGGGAAGGUCCUUUCGCCCUGGAGAUUCCUGCUCUGAGGAGAAGUUUAGACAUUGCUGGAACGCUGUACAUUUUGAAGGAAACUGGUUUUUUCUGGAUGCUAAAUGGGGUGCUCUGAAUGGAAAUAAUAAUUCGUCAGAUUGCAGUGAGUUCUACUUUCUGACAGACCCAGAGCAGCUGCAGUUUAGUCACUGGUCCGAUGAACCAAGAUGGCAGUUGGUUGACAGGCCGAUCGCCAUCAAUGAAUUCGAAAACUAUCCAUUUGUCAAACCACACUUUUUCAAGGUGGGACUUAAUUUCAUUUCGAACGUGAAGUGUUUGAUAGAAACGAAGCGAGGCCAAGUGAAAUGGGAUAUAGGGGUGACACAUCCUGCCAAAUUCAGCUAUCGUUUGGUCUGCUCUGACACCGGAAGUGACAUGAUUGAUGGUGUGUUGUUAAAAAAUUUUAUAUUUCACGAAAUACAAAAUGGCAGAGCAACGUUUGUGCUGCGCACACCUGCUCCCGGAGAAUACUAUUUAAAAAUAUUUGCCAAAAGCUUACAAGAGAGAAAUAGUCAUUCUGGCGAUACCCGGAUGUUGGAGGUGCUAGAAUAUAAGGUCCAAAUCAGCAGCCCUUGUAUUGAGGAUGACCCGUUACCCAACUGCUGGGACACCACCUGGGGCCCGGGUCAAAGGACUGACAAGUUCUGUCUAUACCCAUUACAGAAACGAGGCCAGAUAACCACGGACGAGAAGACGGUCGACAUUGAAAUUAACAAAACCAGACCGGUCAACAUUUUAUGUCGUUUGUGCCGUAACGGAUGGAAGGAAUCCAAAUUACAGAAGUGCAUUGAAAUAGAGGAUAAUGACACAAAAGCCUAUUUGACGGUGUCUUUGCCUUAUGCUGGAGAGUAUGGGUUGGAAAUUUAUGGUUGCUUUCCAAACAGGAAGAAAUCUGGAUACCACCAUGUAUGUCAGUAUCUUAUCAACUGUUCUUGGAGGGACGAAAAUUUCACACAAGAGGAUUUUGAGCAAUAUCUUGAAACAGCUGAGGCUGAAGAUAUGGCAUUGGAGCACCAACAACCAAAUGUAAUCACAGCAAACUUUUCUGAAAACUUCCAAUUGCCUGAGAUAAAGAUUGACGAAUCUUCUUUGCCAGAACCUUCACCGCGACCGAAUGGAUUCGAACCAAAAACUGCUCACUUUGGUUGGACCGUUGAAUUGGAGGAUCACGUUAAGUCGGUUUGUGAAAAGACUUACAGAAGAUUCGACCAGCUGUUAUGGGAUCUUGUGUUUUCAAGGAAAAUAAAAAGUGAUGCAAUUAAAGCAAGAAUUCUGUUUCAAUGGUUGGCGACGAUGAAACCCCAGAAUUUGACCUUUGACUCGGUGGAUAUUGGGACUCCAGAGGAAACGCUGCGUGGCCUACAAACACAGCGCACAACUUAUGCAAUGGCCUACCACACGCUCUGCAAAUACUGUGGAUUGAUAUCCCGGAUAAUAUUUGGAGUAGCCAAGGGUAUGGACUAUAAACCGGGACACACCUUUAUCCCGGGAUCUAAUCACCACACCUGGAACGCAGUUCUGCUGAAUGGAGUUUGGGAACUGGUGGAUACGAGAUUUGCCAGAAGACCGAUUCUGAGCAGUGUUGGAGGGGGAUCCAACGUGCAAUACGAGUUAGACAAUCAUUUCUUCAUGACAAAUCCUCAAAAGUUUAUAUACACUCAUUUCCCAGACGAAUCAAAAUGGCAGAUGUUAGAUCCACUGGUUACUAUGGAGACAUUUUGCAACAUGCCCGUAAUGACACCACACUUCUUUGCGCUGGGGAUGGAUCUAUUAAGCCAUAAACAGGCAUACGUAAAGAGCUCUGGAAUUUCUACCAUCGAGCUUCAAUACCCAAAGAGAAAAAGACUGCAUCUCACAUUUAGUGUUCACUCUGAUAAUGGCAGCGAAGAUUUUGAAGGAAUCAAAUUAAACAGGUAUGCCAUGUUAGAAGCAAACGAUGGCAAAGUAACUUUCACUCUACGACUACCAAUGAAAGGAAAGUAUUCAUUUUUUGUAUAUGCCAAGGAAGAUAAUCCAAACAAAGCUGACAACAUGUUUGCCCAAGUCUGUGAAUACCAAAUUGAACAGGACGAUGUAUUAUCUCCAGUACCCAGUCCAUAUCCUCCUUGUGCCUACCAAAGCUGGGGUCCUGGCAUUGCUUUUUAUCAAUUCAAUAUGUCCACCGAAACCAGAUCUGCAAUCAUUAAAACUAUGAAUGGUGUAGCAAAGUUCGAAAUUGUCUCACCGAAGCCAAUGCAGUUCCGAACACGUCUUGUGCAACAUCAAGAGACCUCAGAAUUUGAGGGAUAUGUUACAUACAAAAUCCAAGGCUUAACGACGAUGUUUACCAUUACGGCUCCAUGUAAAGGUGAAUUUGGUCUAGAAAUAUACGCCAAGGACCCGGAUACAGACAGCAAGAAAAUGAGACAUGUUGCCCAAUAUUUGAUCGUUUGUGACGAGGAGAUAGAAACAGUUCAACUACCAAAGCUGCCCUCAGGGUUCCUAGGUCUGCAGCCGAUGUUAGUUAAAUAUGGCGUCAGCACGAUCACUCAUUCUGAUCCAGUUAUUCACACGGAUACAAAUUUUCUAAAAUUACGCUUCGGAACUUCUCAAAACAUGAGAUUUACAACAAGUCUCUUCGAAACAGAGACCAAAGCUGAAUACUCCGAGUACGUUUUCAUUCAAUCUGAAACAAAUGUUAUCACACUUCUUGUGUGCCUUCCCAAGACUGGAUUCUUUACAUUAUGUGUUCAUGGAAACCUUUUAAGUGAUAAUAGCCAACAGAUUCCAGGGCUUUUCAAUUAUUUGAUUCACUGUAAAGAAGUGAAAGUCAUUGCCUUUCCUUAUCCAAAACAGUACGGAUAUUGGAAGGAGGGUUGUUCCAUGAUAGAACCACUUGUUCUUAAACCAGUUGAACAAGCAAGAGUUGUUCCUUUUAAGGUUCGAAUCCCUAGAGCGACGACAGUUGCAGUUGUCGUUAAUAACGACUGGACACCUCUGAAUCAUAAUGAGAAUGGGGACUGGGAGGGAGAUAUUCACAUCGAACCCUCUGUGCAAGGGGGGACAAAAGCAGUUCUUGUGGCUAGUUUUGGAGACGAUCAGUCCAAGUAUGCAACACUAUUGGAGUACAGUGUAUAGACCUUGUAUCUCAACUUUUAUGCUAAAUAACUACGGAUACUACUUUAUAUGUCAGAUUGUAGAAUAGGCAUAAUGCGUUAUCUUGUUUUCUACUUUUAUACAGCAUGAAUUGACACUGGUCUAUUGUCUUUGUUUUCACUACACUUAAACCUUCAUUGACUGACACUGAAGAAUACAGCCGUAAAGUGUAGGAAUUGUGUUUGGUCAUUUUUAUUUUCACAAAUUAACUUUGAAACAAUUUUUCUCAAGGAUAAAUAUGUAUGUGAGCUCAAAAUACGAUAAAAUAAAAUACUACAACUUAUAA